UUGUUUCGCGUGAUAUAAAAUCAGGGUAUCAUAUUGAGAAAGCUUUAAAUUGGAUCAGUAUAAUGGGAGCCGGUGAAUCUAAGCUUGAGGUGACAAAUCCGACGCCGUUCGUAGACCAUGAAGAUGCCAUUACAGCCAUGUGCAUCUCAGACGACAACUCGUUGCUCGUUACGACGAGUGACGACAAGACAGCGAGGAUGUGGGUAGUCAAUGAGCCCAAGACAGAGUGUCUCGGGGUCCUCAAAGGACACACGGAGUACAUCACAUGCGUAGCGACUCAUGACACUUUCGUGUUGACCGGGAGUGCAGACGACACCAUCAGAAAGUGGGAUAUGUCUACUUGCGAAUGCCUGGAGAUUUAUCGAGGACACACGAGUCGAGUAUUUCGAUUGAUUUGCACGGACGACUGGAUUUUUUCCACGUCGUACGAUGCCACGGCACGGGCAUGGCUUUUCGACACGUCGGACCUAGACGAGGAGGAGGAAGCUUGCGGCCACGCGAAAGCAGUGCUGCCCAUCGUCUUCAUCCCCGGGGAAAACGAAAGCGACGUCAACGACGAAGGGAUUAACCCCGGUGACGUUGUAAUCACGGCAUCCGUUGAUGGCACGGCCCGAAGCUGGAGUUUCGAGACUGCGGGUUGCCUCAAAAUUUUCAAGGGGCACAAGGGUCCGAUUUCGUGCAUGACAGUAGACGAAGAGGGAAAGAUUCUGUACACGGGAUGCAUGGACAACACGAUCCGCUCCUGGAACAUCGCCACGGGCAGAACUCUGAAGGUGACUGGAAUUCCUUAUUCGAAAUUCUCGAAGGAAAGCAGCUUUAUUAAAGCUCCUAAAAUCAUGAACCCAGGCACGGAAGAGUCGUUCACUGUUUUCGAAGGGCACGAAAACGGAAUUGUCUGCCUGCAAAUGUCCAAGACUAUUUUGUACUCGGGUAGUACAGAUGGAACUGCGAGAGCGUGGGUGGCCGAGUUUGCAGACUGCACUCGAGUGUACAAAGGCCACAAGCACACCGUGACCAGCUUGAAAUACAAAAACGGCAUCCAUAUCGACGUGCAUGGGCGAGGUGCUGACGGGAAAGGAUGGAAUCACUUCUGA